AGAACGUUGGCUCUCAUCUGCUGUGCUGUGAUUGGUUCCGGCGGAGUUUGAAUGUUUGGCGAGGCGAGGGGUUUAUAGAUGGCGCGAUGCUGCUGGCGAGCUGAGACGUGGCCCUUCGCGGCGAGGGAGCUGCGCUCGGCUCGGAUGGUUUGAACAGGCUUGUGCCCGAGAAAGCGUGGCCUGGAUACCAUCCUGAAGCCGAGCUUCUGCCUUCAUAGUAGUUCCUUGAUACAUGUUGCCCUCCUCAAACAAGAAUUAAGGCUAAUUAUAUGAAUGAGGAUAUAGCUUAGCCUGAAAUUAUACGAAAUGGCCAGAGUUAAGCGACGUUGCCAAAAACUGAGGUCCAAAACAAAACUCUCGUCGAAGAGGAAAAAAUGUAUUGAGUUUCCAUGUUCAUCUGUUCUUCCUUCGGAAGCUUUCCCUCCAAAGUCUCCAGUUUCCCUCUGCAGCCAAAGGUGGCCUUUUUGUUCCUGGCUGUUAGCUUUUGGGGACAUCAUAGAAGCACUCAAGCACUUGCUGGCUGCAGCGGUUAGUUGGUGUUGGUGUUGCCAGAGAAAAGUUGCACAAAUUUUUCAUAUCCUUAUAAGUGCAGCAUUUCCUUCGCACACGUACCUGCAGGAGUUGAAGGAGCUCAGAGGUGAAGUCAAAAACCUGGAAAGGGACUUAGCUAAGCUGCAGUCAAUUCUCCAGGAAAAAGCCCAUUUCCCACGGAAGCCAAUUGAAAGAUACUCCCCAAUGCAGAAUUCAGGUGUCGGUGGGAUGGGAAGAAGGGAGGCACUGGGGCUUCUGCAGACAACUCGUCUUGCCAGAUCUCUCCGAAUGUAUUGUCAGCUUCUCCCACAGAGACACAACACAGCCCCACAGGACCUGUACCUUUGCCUUUGCAAAAGCGAGAGGUUCCCCCACCUCCUCCUCCUCCACCUCCUCCACCACCACCACCGGCACCAACAUCACUUUGUUUCAAAAGAGGUGAUGCAAAGGUAAGAAGGAAGUGAAAGCCUACCAGGGAGAAACUUUUGAUUACA